GUGUGAUAUCUGUCUUUCUUCUUCUUUUUUAAUAACAACAACAAUACUACACAAUGCUCUCAUCACUUCGUAAACUUACACUCUUGCCUGUCAAUGUUACACUUUCACGUACCUACUUGACAUCUAAAUCCCUUAAUCCCAAGAAGUUCACCAGUCUGUUUGAAAAUGUACCCGUCAGACCUCGUUCAGGCUGGCAAGUUUUCCUUCGUGAUCACCUCAAAGAAAAAUUAAAGGAAAGCAAGCCCGACUCGGUCACAGUAUUGACAAAGCAACUUGCGAUUGACUGGAACAAAAUGUCAGAAGCCGACAAAAAAGUCUAUACUGACAAGUUCGCCAAAGAGGCAGCAAAACACGACCAGGCAUUCGAACAGAUCAUUAUGGAAGCCACACCUCAGCAAAUCUAUGAGGAAAAUCUGCUGAGAAAAAAGUACAAGCUCAAGACUGUCAGAGAUCCCAAGGAACCCUUGAAGCCCGCGAACUCCUAUUUGGUAUUCUUAAACCAUUACCGCAAAGAACAUCCCGAGAGAUUUAUCGGCAACACCACGUCUAGCCAGUCUUUAGAAGCCGGAAAGGCUUAUGCUUCGCUUUCACCUGAGGAGAAAAAGAAAUAUGAAGAUAUUGCACACCAAAAUAGAAUCGAAUAUGCUCAAAAGAUGGAAGUAUACAAUGCUCAGAUCAAAAAAUUCGUCGUAACAAAGACACCCAAAUCAUCUACCAAGACUGCCAAGGCUACCAAGUCCACCAAGGCUGCCAAGUCCAGCACCACCACCACUGAAUCGGCCAAUUAAACCCAAGACAAAGCCUAUCCUUGAAGCUUUAUACACAAAAACUCAUGUAACAACCCCUCCCACGCAACCAAUGAAUAAAUAAACCAUUUUACAAUAUACAUAUAAAUGUAUAAUUAAAUAAAGGGAAAUCUCGACAUUG